UUUGUGUUUGACCAUUAUCUCAGUCAUCGUCCGACCCCUCGUCCGCCUCCCAGCGUCUCAAAGUUGGCUGUCUUUGCAAUAUUAUGCUUCAAAGUCAGAGCCAUUCAUCGCCGGUGAUGACAGAGGACUCGAUGCACACCAACAAUGAUAUGGUGUUUGAUAUGAUAUCGUCGGACGUUGUGCUCAACUUUUCGGUCACACGAAUGUCUCCUUUCGAGGACUUUAAUGACUACGGUUUCGACGCCUCCUUUGAGUUUUUGCCGGCAUUUGACUGCAAUUCCGGUGCUUUGGUUGAGAGGAGGAACGGAACCGAAGGCGAAAUUCUGUAUUCUGUGCCUCAAACUUAUAAUUUCAUACGUGACGGACCCUUAAAGUGCAGAUGGAUUAUAGAGGCGUCGUUUGGCAAACAUUUGUUCCUCAAAUUUAAAGGCCAUUUACCAACUUCUCAAGGCGACGAGUGUUUGGAUGCAAAUCGAUGGGUUGUCUAUGCGGGCGAUCCGAGACAUUCAAUCGCAACCGUUUGCAUCAAUAGAGCCAAACGUAUAUCGCAUGAGAACUCAGAGGCGAGCAAUCAAUCGGAAGAAUUUGAUUUAUUCUCCACGUCUUGGUAUAACGAAACCGACACUUUCGCCACUUUCACCGCCAAUAAUAUGUACAACAAUUAUAUGGAGAGCCGUGUGUUCGUCGAGAUUGUGGCCAAAGAGUUGGGAACAUUCAGUAUGCGAUGGCUUGAAGUGACGAAACCCUUUCUCAGGACCCAAACGGGAAAGACUAUGAGAAAUAUCAACUGCAAAGUCGAGUGUCCGGAGAUCAACGCCUGUAUCAGCGAUGAACUGGUAUGCGAUGGCAUAUCUCACUGUCCGUCGAGUUAUGACGAAGACUCUAAAUUCUGUCAUAAGUUUCCCACACUAUAUGUGGUGGCGGUCGGCCUUCUCGUCAUCUUUAGUCUUCUGGUUAUCCUAAUUGUGAUAACGAUCUAUAGGUUUCAGGAUAAGCGUCGCCUACGGCUGAGUCAAUCAAACCACAGCUCAAACAACAGUCGAUACAAUCAACACGACGUCGAUUAUGUCGAUUACGGCGAUUACCCGCGUCUCGGCUCUGAACUCAACUUCCGUUCACUACAUGAAUGCCAUCAAAGCCAUCAAAUCCCGUACACCGAUAAUGGCAUGAAUGGUAUGCCGUUGGAGAUAACGAGAUCAUUUGUGCCCCACUAUCACAACAACGUCUUCUAAUAGUUAUCGUAAAUAAAUAUCGCAUUCAAUGCACAAGAAAAACAGUCUGAACACAAACCCCAGAGUUGUCAGUGAAUUCACUACACAAUCGCAGCCAUUCCGCAGCACUUCAUCUCUUGUGGUGUUUUUAUCAAAAUAAUUGCUCAAAUGAUUGCCGUUGUCUUCGACUCAGACUCCGAUUCAAUGGAUCAAAAAAGAGUGACAAUAAAGAGUUGUAAAUACAGAAGAAAAGAGAGUCAAAGAAAAACAAAUGAAAGAAUGAAUGAAUAGAGCGGUAACUAAAGCAAGAAUAUAGCAAAUGAAGAGAGAAAAAGGCAAAGUUGUGUCCAAUUGGCGUAAAAAAGAUGGCAAACAAAAUGAGUUAUUUUUGCUUUAGCUGUCGAAAAGUGCCUUUUAUUGAUUGCAUUACAAGUUUGUGAGAGUGAGAGAGGGUUUAAAUACGGCGCUAUAGUAAUAGUGACAGUCGGGGGACAAACAGUAAGACAAUAGUGUAUCGAAUAAAUACUUUGCCCUAAUAUUUAGUAUUAACUUUAUAUGUGGUUAUAAUACGCGGAGUCGCGCACUAUCUUAUCGGCAAAACUGUGUGGACCUGUAUAUUGAGAAAUGAGCUUUUGUUGGGUGCUAUCAGUGCUAUCGAUAUUUCUUAUUGAGAUUAACAUUAAGUAAUGUUCAGUCGAUUCGCAUUUCUGUUG